GAAGGGAAAACAGCACUUCAUUGGGCAACAUCCAAUCGGCAUGGACGAUGCUGCGAAAUUCUAUUGUCAAAGUAUCCCGCUUUGAUUAAUAUUCCCGACAAAAUGGGCCGAGUCCCUUUACACUAUGGAUGCGGCGAAGGAAAUAUUGCCGUGGUAGAAAUGAUCAUGCUAUCUCCUGGAUCUAACUGGAAUGCGCUUGAUGGGUUGAAACGGACCCCGUUACAUUGGGCGGCAGUUCGAGGACAGCCAGCAUGUAUUAAUUUAUUGUGCCAAAAGGGUGCGAGCAUCAACAACGUUGACGAUUUUGGUGCAUCAGCUCUCUGCUAUGCCAUUCAGCAUCAUAAUAUGGACUGUGUGCAUGUCCUACUGCGCAAAGGUGCAGCUGUAGAUUCAGUUGAUAUACAAGGCCGUACACCACUUAUGUGGGCUUCGCUUCAAGGGAACUUGGAAGUAAUCAAAAUGUUAAUCAAAGCCAACGCCAAAGUAACGGUAAAGUCAAAAUCGGGCAUGACAGCAUUGCACCAUGCAGCAUAUGGUGGUCACACAACUUGCUGUACCCAUUUGCUACGUGGUGGUGCACUGAUUGACGCUAAAGACAAACACGGACAAACUGCCUUG